CCCGUCCUAUUCUGUCCCUCAGGGUCACAUCCCCAGGUUGUCCGUAAGGUCUUCACCAACAGUCGGGAGCGCUGGCGGCAGCAGAAUGUCAACGGGGCGUUCGCUGAGCUGCGGAGCCUCAUCCCCACACACCCACCUGACAGAAAGCUGAGCAAAAACGAGAUCCUGCGACACGCUCUGAAGUACAUCAACUUCCUGGACCGGCUCCUGACUGAUCAGGACCACAGGGUGGCCCCCAGGGGCCGGGCUGGGAGCCUAGGGGAUGAUGAGGGACUGGAGGGCGUGUUCUCACCAAACUCCAGCUGGAACCAGAGUUCAGAAGAUGGAGACUCUGAUGGUCUUUCAGAAGAGCAGAAUCAGCUGCACCUCUACCUGCACUCCAUGUUGGACUGAUCCGAACCCGCUGGCAGUAAAAGAAACCAGUGGACCGGUUUUGUGUGGAAACUCAAAUGGAAGCAUCCAUUAUGUGUUUAAAGCCUGUAUUCUGUAUUAAAGAAAUUUAGCUUGGUGGAGGAUGAUCCUCUGUGUUGUAGAUUGAGUCCUAUACAUUACAGUGAGGUUAUUGUUAGAAUAAUGAUAAUUAGGAUUGUCAUUAAUGUUUUGUUUCAAAGAAACAGCCCUUUAAGAAGUGACUCCAUGUGAUAUUCACAUCUGUCUUUUGCUCAGUAGAAAGUUUCUGAUUUAACGUCAAGGCUUUAAAGUUCUGGCGUUUAGCAGAAGAACCAGGAAGCUGGUUCAGUUUCCUUAGUUUUAAAGGAAGAUUUUGUGCUUUUUGAAGUUUUAUUUUGUUCCUUCACACCUUUUUUUUCUUUGUGAUGUUUAGAAAAAUCUCUUGUUGUUCUGUGAUUUUUUCUAUCUAUGAUACAAUUAAAUGUUUUUAAUCAGCU